CUCAUUAGUGAGAGUAGUUGACGAUUCAAAGGGCAGGAGACUGAGAGAGAGCGGAGAGGUCACUGUAGGAGAUGAGAGACUACUGAUUCUCCUCCACUCGCAUUAUAUAUAUAUGUUGAUUUGCUGGUAUCAGCAUAUACUGCUGCUACUUUUUCCACAUCCAUUAAUUGCCUGGUGGUUGCUUUUUUUUCCUUGGGCAACUUGGGCAACUUUGGAAAAAGACAAAAAGAGAAGAGAAGAAGAGAGCACAACACCAUCUAAAUGUAGAGAACUCCCAGGUUUAUGUAUUGGUUGUUUUAACUUUCCUCACACAGAUCUGGACAGUGUUUCCCUCUUCACUAUGGCGGGCAGGUGGAACCUCCUGAUACUGGCUCUGUACCUCUCUGACUUGGUGGCCCUGACGGAAUCAGAGUGCGCUCAAGGAUGGAUUAGUACAGAGCAAGGAUGCAUUGAUAAUGAUGAAUGUGCUAUUGAUGAGGACUAUCCCGAUGAACCUGGAGCAUGUGUCGAGAAUGCGUCCUGUGUCAACACAAUUGGCAGCUACUACUGCCAAUGUCUUGAUGGUUUCGUGUCAUCAACUGGGGCUGUGAACUUUACAGCUGUAACACCUGCAACAUGUGAAGAUAUCAACGAGUGUCUGCAAAACGAGGAUAUGUGUGGACCUAAUGCUGAAUGUCACAACACAGUUCCGCAUUAUUCCUGCAUUUGUGAUGAUGGAUUCAUUUCCACCACUGGACUGGAAACUUUUCGCCAUGGUGACAACGUUAUAUGUAUUGAUAUCGACGAAUGUGGAGAGAAAGAUGUUUGUGGUCCAAAUUCAGCAUGUGUCAAUGCACCAGGCAAAUAUCACUGCAUCUGUCAGGCUGGCUUUGAACUGAAGUCCGGUGAAUUCACUGGCAAUCAGAAGCAAUGUGAAGAUAUCAACGAAUGCGAAAAGGAAAAUAUCUGCGGUCAAAACGCAGCAUGUGUCAACACACCAGGCAAAUAUCAUUGCAUCUGUCAUGCUGGCUUCGAACUGAGAUCUGGUAGAUCUAACUUCAGUGGCAAUCAGGAGCAAUGUGAAGACAAAUGCAUGAUUGAUAAGACAAUCUGCGGAAAUGGAAUCUGCCACCGUGGAGCCAGCGGCCAUUACUGUGUGUGCCACCCUGGGUCCACUAACUAUGGCAACAAUGAGUCUCGCUGCACAGAGUUAAGGUGUGAUGUAUUCGAAGAUAUGAGCAAUCCAAAAGAGGGAUUUCACAUUUCACAGGAUCUUGUGAUGCAUUUGAAAAAAAGCUGUCUGAACAUCAUGAAGAAUGCAACAAAGCUGGAUGGAGAGGACAUCUUAAAGAGACUGUUGUCUGCCAUCGACGAGCUCUUGUCCAGUGAAGCCUUCAAAGAUAAAAAGAAGGUCUCCACCUUUCUGGACAUGGUGGAGAAUGUCUUGAGGCUCAUAGGGCCUCUCAUUAAGCCCCCCGGGAUAAAAAUAUCCUCCACACACACAGAGCUGGAGCUGCUGGUACAUAAGGGGGCUAACUUACCCCAGGGACCUCAUAACUUAACAUCUAAGCAUGCUCAGAUGAACAUUCAGUUGGAGACAGCUGCCGGGGAUCCCUCCUAUUACCCUGGCUUUACAACAGCCUCCUUGCUGACCUACGCAAACCUUGAACACUCUGCGGACAGCUUCUUUAGUGGGAUGGAACCACAAGUGAACCACAGCUAUAAGAUCAACUCUAAAGUUGUGACUGCCAGCGUCAGUAACAGAAACACAAGCCACCUCAAAGAGCCGGUCACCUUGACUUUCUACCACCUCAAGUCAAAUGAAUCCCAGCACACCUGCGUGUUCUGGGAUUCCUCGGUGGAUGGAGGGUCAUGGUCUACUCGUGGCUGCAAGAUGGUGGAGUCCAACUCUGAAUACACUGUGUGUUCCUGCAACCAUCUGAGCAGCUUUGCUGUGCUCAUGGCGCUCUAUGAUGUGGAGAACAAGUUUGAGUUGCAGCUGAUCACCUGGGUGGGCCUGUCCCUCUCGCUAAUUUGCCUGUUCAUCUGCAUCCUGACUUUCUCGUUGAUCCACUCCAUCAAAAGCCCAAGAACCUCAAUCCACCUGCACCUCUGCAUCAGCCUCUUCAUUGCCUACGUUAUCUUCCUCGCAGGCAUCUCUCGUACAGAGAGCCGGGUUGGCUGUGCGGUGGUAGCUGGGCUGCUGCAUUUCUUCUUCCUGGCAGCAUUUUGCUGGAUGUGUCUGGAGGGCAUACAACUCUUCAGGAUGGUCGUCAUUGUCUUUAACACCAACUUCAAAACCCUUUACAUGAUGGCAGGUGGCUAUGGAGUCCCAGCUGUUAUUGUCGCUAUCUCUGCUAUGGUGAAUGCUGAGGGAUAUGGCACCAAGAGAUAUUGUUGGUUGAAGCUGGACUUCAUUUGGAGUUUCUUUGGCCCUGCCUGCAUCAUCAUCAUUAUAAACAUAUUCUUCUUUCUCAUCACUGUGUGGAAGUUGGCACAGAAGUUCUCAAGUUUAAACCCUGACCUGGACAAGCUGCAGAAAAUAAAGGCGUUCACCAUUACUGCAGUGGCUCAGCUGUGUUUGCUGGGCAACAUGUGGAUCUUCGGUUGUUUCCAGUUUAACAAGGGCACAAUUGUCAUGUCUUACCUGUUCACCAUCUUUGGCAGCAUUCAGGGGAUCAUGCUCUUUGUCAUGCACUGUCUGUUUUCUAAACAGGUGAGGGAGGAAUAUGGAAGCAUCCUGUCCAGAUACUGUGCACCUGGGAAGAAGAGCUACUCAGAUUUCAGUUACUCGCACACCAGCAAAGCUCAAGGAUCCAGGAGCACCCAGGACACGGGAGAAUCUCAUAUCUGAAGAGCAAAACAGCGACAUGGUAGCAACGCCUGAUUUAUUUCUUGGAGACUGCCAUCUCAGACAUACGGGCCACUCUUGCCCUGCUAUUUGUAGUCAGUGCACCAGUUUGCUUCACUGCACAAUGUUGUAAAUAAUAUCCUUUUUAAGAUGUUUUUUUUUUUUUUUACCUAUUUGUUUUUGAGUCGGUGUAAAGCUAUUUAAAAUGGAACUGCUGACUGUUAUAAUUUAAUAUAAAUUAAGGAUUUCCCUCCGAAUGAGAAGAGAUGACAUUCAACAGUGAGUGUUUGUGCUUCACUGUUACUCGACUAUUUGUCAAAUGGUUAAUAAUGUCACUCAUUUCAGAGAAAAUACUGUAUCUCAACAUGUGUCAUUUUUUACAUGUGGAAAAAAUGUAUUGAUUUUGGACCAGAAUGGCUUGUUAUGUCAUCCAGGUAAUUUAUUGAACCAGCAAAGACAAUCUGAAAGACAUUUCUGAGGCAAGCACUUUUUUUCUGCGUAACUUGUCCACCAUGUUUAAACUGAUAUUAUCUAAAAAUGACCAACAAAAAUGAGGACUAUCAUGAGACCAAAAUGAAUUUUAAAUGUAUAUGUGUAUAAUGAUAAGAUGUUUGUGUAUAUAUAUAUUGCUGGGCAAUUUGUAUGUAUUAGAACAAGUGACUGCAUUCCUGCUCCGUUUAGCGUGCAGUAACACAUUAAAUGUGCUGUAUCUAUAUAUUUGAAGAGAGCUUUUUAUUUUCCUACUUUAAAAAAUUGAAUGUUUGAAGAUAACUUUUGUUAUUAUAGUCUAUUAGAGUGGUGGUUAUCAACCUUUUCCAUGUUAAGGAACCCUAAAUUGGUAAAAAUUAGGUCACAGACCCUUGUUUCAUGAGAUUUCACCUCAGGGACUCCAUCUGAAAAGCUUGUUUGAUACGAUUAAGACCAGAAUUCUGUGGUUGCCAAUUACAUCUGAGUAGAUAACGAAGGAGGAAGUGAAACCUUUGAUCGGAGUAAUUACUUAAAUUGGGCUUACUUCUACAGUGAAUUACAUAGAAAUUAAAUAAAAUAAACUAUUCCUCAUUUUAGGACCCCCUGGAGCUCCCUUAAGAACCCCUGGGGAUCCCCGGACCCCUGGUUGAGAACCACUGCACUAGAGUAUUAGUACUGUUAUAAGCACUGGUUUUAGCACAAGUUUGGAAUUGCUGAUAAAUGUUUUAUUAUGUUUUGUUCUGUCUUUCCAAGUUACAAUUUCCGUCUUUCACAUUGUAAAUUAUUUAAAAUGGUGUUUUCAUACUUGUAAUGCCGCUCCUCGAAGCUUUAAAUUAAAUAAAUAUUCUGACGUAC